AUGCCCCGUGUUCUUGCUGGUACCAAUGGCCCCACUGAUUGGAAUGAAGCUUUGGAUAUUAUUUCUUUUGGUUCUCCUGAGCAGUCUGUUGAAGGAAUGAAAGUCGUGUGUCAUGAGCUGACACAAGCCACUAAUGAUCCAGAAGGCAAUGCAAUGGAUGAACUUAUUAAAGAUGCAGACAGACUUGUUUCAUGCCUUGCAAACAAGGUUGCCAAGACCUUUGAUUUCAGCUUGACAGGAGCAUUAUCUAGAUCUUGUAAAUAUGUUCUCAACACCCUCAUGCAGACAUUUCAAAACAAGAGACUGGCUUAUGCUAUCAAGGAAAGCACUCUUGAUAGUCUAAUUACUAAGCUCCUUCUAUGGUUGUUGGAUGAGAGAGUUCCACAUAUCGAUGAUGGCAGCCAUUAA